AUGUCCCUUACAUUGGGGGUCAGUGGGAAGAAUGUCCCUUACAUUGGGGGUCAGUGGGAAGAAUGUCCCUUACAUUGGGGGUCAGUGGGAAGAAUGUCCCUUACAUUGGUGGUCAGUGGGAAGAAUGUUCCUUACAUUGGGGGUCAGUGGGAAGAAUGUCCCUUACAUUGGAGGUCAGUGGGAAGAAUGUCCCUUACAUUGGGGGUCAGUGGGAAGAAUGUCCCUUACAUUGGGGGUCAGUGGGAAGAAUGUCCCUUACAUUGGGGGUCAGUGGGAAGAAUGUCCCUUACAUUGGGGGUCUGUGGGAAGAAUGUCCCUUACAUUGGGGGUCAGUGGGAAGAAUGUCCCUUACAUUGGGGGUCAGUGGGAAGAAUGUCCCUUACAUUGGGGGUCAGUGGGAAGAAUGUCCCUUACAUUGGGGGUCAGUGGAAAGAAUGUCCCUUACAUUGGGGGUCAGUGGGA